AUGGGCGGCAGCAACACGUUGCAGCUGCACAUCGAGGUGCGCGGCAAGCAGCACCGGGAGCGCGACCCCGAGUUGUGGUACCGCAACCGCUGCCUCGACAUCAAGUACCUCGGGGUGCCGGGCAUCGUCAACUUCAUCGACGCCCGCACCCAGUGGAUCGACGACGGCAUGACUAAGGCCCUGGACGACGGCAUCAAGCAGGUCGUCAUCAUCGCCGCGGGUUACGACACACGCGCGUACCGCCUGGCCCGCCCCGGGGUGAAGUUCUUCGAGCUGGACCUGCCCCAUGCCAGCGACAAGAAGAAGGAGCUCGUGGAGAAGCUGCUUCCCCAGGACAAGUACUCCUGGCCCGAGUUCAUCGGCGCAGACCUGUCCAAGGUUUCCCUGUCUGACGCCCUCGCCACCAGCAGCUUUGACCCCACCAAGAAGACGUUCUUCAGCAUAGAGGGUCUGGUGUACUACCUUCCUCCCCUGGCCUUCAGGUCGCUGUUGCAGUCCAUCAGCGAUGCGGCGGUGGUGGGCAGCCGCGUCUUCUUUGACUUCAUCAACCUCUCAACAAUGGCCGGCGAGGUUUUCCACCCGGGCUUUGAGACGCUGAUGGUCUCGGUCUGGAACAAGGGCGAGUACUUCUACAGCGGCGUCGACGAGAAGGAGGAGAGCGUGCGCGAGCUGCUGCGCCAGUUUGGCUUCCGCAUGGACGAGGUGGUGUACGCCCCCCAGAUGGCGGCGCGCUACCUCCCACACCUGCCCUGGAAGGAGCAGCCGAACCCCCUGCCCCGCUACUUCUCGUACACAUCCGGGGAGAAGGUGCUGCCCAACAAGUUUGGCUGA